UUCUCGUUCUUUUUCUCUUCUCCUGCUGCUUUGUUUCUGCAAUCAUGGCGCCCGGCGAUGAUUCUAAUACUCAAUUCCUCCGUUUGAUUAGAAUUGUUCACUAUGGCUUUGAGAAGGAGAAGGAAAAAGCUGAAAAUCACAAGAAUAUGAAGGAAGUGGCUGGACAAGAAGGAGAUCAAGGUGUUGCUGCCUCUGAUGAUGAUAAAACUGACGUCCUCAAUCUCACAGCGAGAUUCUACAAGCAGAUUAGAAUUGCUGACGAUGGCAUUGAGGAGGAGAAGGAAGAUGCUGAAAGUCACGAGAUUAUGAUGGAAGAGGCUGGACAAGAAGGGGAUCAAGGUGAUGCUGCCUCUAAUGAUGAUAAAACUGACGUCCACAAUCUCCUGGCGACAUGCUAUAACCAGAUUAAAGCUGCUGCCAGUGUCAUUAAAGAGGAGGAGGAAGAAGCCGAAAAUAACGAGAACAAGGAGGAAGAGGCUGGAAAAGAUGAGAAUGAUCAAAUUAAAGGAGCUGCCAUUGUCAUUGAGGAGGAGGAAGAAGCGAAAAAUGAUGAGGAUAUGGAAGAAGAGGCUGGGCAAGAUGAGAAUAUGGGGGAAGGGAAUCAAGGUGCUGCUAAUGCUAAUGAUAAGGCUGGACAAAAUAAGAAUAAGGGAGAAGGGAAUCAAGGUGCUACUAAUGCUAAUGAUAAGGCUGGACAAGAAGAGAAUGAGGGGGAUGGGGAUCAAGGUGUUGAUGAUGCUAAUGAUGGUGAUGACAAAGAAGAUGAUGACAGGGACAAUUAUUAUGAUUUUUACUACGAUGAUGAUGAUAUUGAUGAAAGCGUUGAUGAAAACCACAGGGUAGAAGUAUGGUUUCAUGCUGCGGAUGAGGAAAUCUGCUUAGAUACUAUUGACUUGAUGGAAGGUUGGGAGAGUGUAGCUGAUCUUGAGACUGAAGCUAAACUAAUGGCAGUUGCCCAUAUGGAAGAGGAGCUUGAUUUGCCUUCUAUCAGCGUCAGUGAUGUGAAUAUGCGUGUGAUGUACUACACCGGAACACAUGGCUAUUUCUUGGACUGGCAGCUAAUUGAGAACCCUGAAGCAAUGCAAUGGGCUGAAUUCUCAGCAAUUGUGACUAUUGUUAAAGUCACUCCACAGUUGAUAUGAGAUUCAUCCUGCCGGAACCAAAGAAUCUGGAGAGUUGCAGUAUAUAUUUUGAUUUCUAUUUCGAUUCUCAAAUUUUUGAAGUUUAAUAUUGAUGUUCCUUUUGUAUUUUAGUCGACAAAAUCAUACUUUCUUUUAAAUCUUAGGACUUCGUGGUGUCGAGAAAUGAACCAAGGUCUGACUUUCUUGUGUAAUGAUGAUUCCAUUUUGUACAAAGACUUCCAGUUACAAUUUCUUGUUCUAUCGUCCCUCAAAUACCACUGUGAAGGACAACCU